AUGGUUGAAAAUAAUCUUAUAACAAUUGAUCAAUUAUUAUCAUUAAAGAAAAAUGGUGAUAAUAAACUUUUAAAUAUUCCAUCAUCAAUUCAAUAUUUACAAAUUGGUUAUAAAAUAUUUAAAUAA